CUUAGGUAAAUAAAGGAACAUAAAGUUUAAUGUUUUGGUUCACCGCAGAGGAAACGUCCAGGAAAGGGACAUUUUGAAGCCAGAAUUUCAUAUAUUCUAGACCAAAUUAUGCAAUUAUAAUAUGGUGAGAGUAUAGCAAAAUGACUAUUUUGCCGAAGAAGAAAGUUCAGCAGGAGAAAAGGGGCGCAGAAAGCGGUGAAAAUCACCAACAUCAUGGACACAACAGUCAUCACCAUCAUGCACAUAAUUUAGGACAUUCUGUAUCGCAUUCUUCAGGAGAAUCGAGGGGAGGAGCAAGGCCAAAAUCAAGAAAUUCGCCGCCUCGUUGGAAUGCAAAUAACCAGAGAGACGAUAGACUGAGUAACCAUGAUGCAAGGACUAGUUAUGAUUCUCAAGAAAGGAGGGAAAAUUCUCAUGGAGGACAUUCAAGCAACAAAAGGGCGAGGCACCGGUCGUCGCCUCAACACGAAUACAACGAUUUUGAAUAUGAUCACGCAGGAGUUGCGUGGACUCAAAAUAAUUCGGCGAACUCACAAGCCAAAAUAGGAGGCUCAAGUCCAAGAGAAAGAGAGCAAGACGAAGAAGCUGACGCUGUUAAUAGUGGUGAUGAGCAUGAUGACAAUACAGAAAAUACAGAGAAUAUAGAAGAGAUUGAAGAACGGUUUGCCCGAGCCUUGAAGGAAAAGAAAGGUUUCAUCAUCAAGAUCAUGGUUCCUGAUGGAGCCUGUCUAUUCAGAUCAGUUGCUGAUCAGGUUUAUGGAGACCAGGAUUGGCAUGCAAUUGUACGCGGGCACUGUAUGGACUACAUGACAAAAAAUGCAGAUUACUUCUCCCAAUUCAUCACUGAGGAUUUUCCAACUUACAUUGGGCGUAAGCGGCUAGACAGUUGUCAUGGUAACCAUGUAGAGAUGCAAGCCCUGUCAGAGAUGUACAAUCGCAACAUAGAGGUCUACAUGUACAGUACAGAACCUAUCAACACAUUUCAUACCCUGAACAAGACAGACAAUGAUCCUAUACGUGUGAGUUAUCAUCGUAAUGUUCAUUACAACUCUGUUGUCAACCCGCACAAGGCUACAGUAGGAGUUGGUUUAGGCAUGCCCUCAUUUGUGCCUGGGCUGGCAGACAAGACUCUGAUGCGAGAAGCCAUUCAUAUAUCAGAGAAGUCUGCCAUUGAGCAGACAAUGUUACAGGACAAACUGCUAGCUACUGACUGGGAGGCAACUAAUGAAGCCAUCGAGGAACAAGUCGCCAGGGAAUCCUUUGUUCAGUGGCUGAAAGACAAUGAGAAAAGAGCACAGAAGAAAGCACUCCCUGCAACGGCCACCUGUAGUUCUGCACCUCCCGACUCUCCCCCAGGAUGGUGGGGUGAGGCCAACCAAACGUCUGGUGGUGGGAGCAAAGGUAGUCAUCAUUCUGGUGGCAAACACCCAAGUGGAAAGCACCCCAGUGGAAAACACCCCAGCUCCCAUCAUGCCCUGAGCGGUCAUCACUCCAGUGGUCACUUGGUCACUCCACACCAUCAGAGUGGUCAUCUGGUCUCUCCACAUCACCCCCACCAUCCGAGUGGACGUCUAUCACCAAGGAACAGGGGAAGUGGCAGUGGGUCCAGACCAAACAGUCCUGAGAGACUUGAGGCAGCAAGGUUAAGACCGCUAUCACCAAAUUCAAUUCGGAGCAGGAAUGCAGAGAAGAAGGCUCAACAGCAACAGCAGCAACAACAGGUUGUCUCAAAAGCAGAUCGUCCCACGACAAGUGGUCACAUCUCAAAUCCAGCUUCUCCACAAGGCGCCCAUGCCAGGGACACAGCUAGCCCCAAGGCAGGUCCCAGUGGCUACAAUCCAUCGAGUGAAUCUACCGGAACAGGUGGAAGGAUGGAAGAUAUACCACCAGAAGAGUUUGGUAUAUCUGAAUGGGAGUCUGAGGAUGCGAUCCUAGCCUCAAUUCUUGCCCAAUCUCAUCAGGAGUACCUAGACACCCUCAUACGUAGCACUCACAAGGACACCGACUCGGACAGUUGACCUGGAAGACCAUGUCUCAUUUCACUCUGAUCUCUUUCAAACACUGAUUUAUGGCAAGCCAACUUCCCCUCUCCAUCAACAUACAUUAGAGCCUGUUCGUGUUUCCAAUGUCAUAGAACAUAUCUUCACUUUUGCCCCUAUUUUAGUAUUAUUUGUUCAUAUUUAGUUGGUUCUGGUUCUGGUUUUUCUCAGUUUUCCUUAUUUGUGGAAUUGAAAUGUUACUGGAAUCACACUGCAGUUUUAGUCAUCAAGAGGAUUAUCAAAGAAGACAAUUUUUGACAAUUAACAUACUAUCAAGAUAAACAAAAUAAUAUCAAAUAUCUUGCUGCAAAGCGAAUGGACCAAGUUACAAGCAAUAUAAGCAUAUCAAUGGGAAUGGUAUUAUCAGAAGCUGAUCUAUAGGUUAUAUCUUUUUUAGAUGCAGACUAAUGGCUGGCUUUGUGCAGAAUGUUAUUUUUUAUGUUCGUAAAGAUUAAAUGAAUGAAUUCUUCCAUUUUUAUCACUUAUAACUUUUAUUACCAUGAUACUAAAAACUGCUUAUCACACAUAAUUUUUGUUUACAUUUUGAAUUCAUGUAUGUAGUUUCCAUGCCAUGCAUUUUCAUACUUGUUUUUAUAGAGCUUUCACUUUAGCUGUAACUAGAAAUUUGUAGUUAGUGGUCAACUCUAAGCAGGCCGGGCUUUUACAGUUCUAUGGCCCCAAAAUUCACCUCCAGCGGAAAGGUUGCGGAAAAAGUUGGGGAUAAUUACCCCCAUCCCCUGGUUGCUUUAGGGCUACGAUAUACGUACAUGUUGUUUUAUCAUUACCCAAAUCAAAUUAUCAUUAUGAUCUAGCUAUUGUUUCAGUCCUUCAUGUGAUUGUUUAUUGGUGUAGUAUUGAUUUUUAAGGAACCCUACAGGUUGAAUUCAAUUGACAAGGGCUGUACAUUUACAUAUUUGUGCAUAUAUAUGAAUGAAAAGAAAUCUUGUGAAUUGAGAUGGACUGAGGUUCCAUCAAAAAAAAUAUUGUCCCACGCAACCAAAACAAAUUGAUGGAAUUCCCAAAGGAUGUAGAAAUUGCAGACUCUCAUGGAAAGGAGAAAUAGAAGCUUAACAAGAAACAAACUCGAUGGAAACAAGAAAGCAUUCAAACCAGCAUUUCUCACCAGUGAAAGGUUUGAUGGUUUCAUGGUCAGUCAAACAAAAAUAGAUGAUAGUCUUGAAAAAAAAUUUAGAUAUGUAUCUCAUGUGUGACAGUGAUGCUACAAAUCAUAUUCCAUCAAAUUUGCAUGAAAUCAGUAUAUUUAUUGCAAUCAUUUCCAUUUGAUCAUGUAAGGAAUAAAUUGUGUACAGGUGGAGGCGGACAAUGUCAGUGUGAAAUGAUUACCAAAUACAUUAUUUGUUCAAUCUUGGAAAUAUUGGAAACUCACCCAAACUUACGAAGAGUUUUAUUAAAUUGGAAAGUUUAAGUUCAUACCUUUCAUACCAAAUUAUUGAAAUUUAAAGUUGGGUUCAACUAUGUUUUCUUUGAAGGUUAUGACGAGUAGAGGUAGCUAGAGGACCAUAGCAUAAAACUGAUUAUAAGAGGUCUCAUACUGUCAAAAUUCCAUGAAGCCACCCAUGAAAAUCAUCAAUUAAUUGUUUUUGCUUUACUAAUCCUUUCAGAAAAAUGUUCGAAUCCUAACACAUCAAUGGUCAUAGUCUAUGUUAUGCUCUGGUGAUUUCUGUUGCAAGCUUUUUGAAAUAGAAUCUGAACGUGGAUGGCACACAUAUUCAGAGAACGGAACGCUCAGUGGUCUGUUUUUUUUACACGACUGUAUUGCUUUGAAGGAGACCUAGGUAUAAGACUCAAUGUUUGUAUUUUACAAAUCUCAUUUCAGUAUACAGUAUGUUAUACAAAGUAGUUGAAUA